AUGCGGGACUCGACCCCUCCUAGUCUCAACCCAAGCCAUGUCUCGGAGGGAAAUGGCCAAACUGAUGUUGCACGUACCAAAUGGAAUAUCAAAAAGUUCGUCAGGCAGGCUGAGCGAUCGCAUCGUCGGUUGCCGGGACUGAAGAAGGUUCCUUUGCCUGCCAUCGCUAUUAUUCUGUUCAUUGCGUUCAUCAACGUUGUGGUGUGGAUUGCCGCCGCCAUUGUGUUGGCCAUCGAUUUGAUGACUAGAAGAUUACUGGCAACGGGCCAAAAGCCCGUCACCGUAGGCACCUUCUUCUCUCUCGGCCAUUCCACCAUUGUUAUCAUCACCUCCAUCGUAGUCGCAGCUACCGCUGCAGCUAUCUCAUCAAGAUUUGACAGUUUCAGCACCAUUGGCGGUAUCAUCGGCACUUCAGUCAGUGCCGCUUUCCUGAUCCUACUGGGUCUCAUGAAUGCCUACAUCUUGUUCAAAUUAUACAAGCAAAUGCAAAAGGUCUUGGAUCUACCCGAAGGCCAAGAAGAUGAAGUGUGGAAGAUUGAGGGCGGUGGUGUGCUAUUCUCCGUGCUCAAGCGCAUGUUCAAGCUCAUUGACAGACCUUGGAAAAUGUAUCCGCUUGGAAUCUUGUUCGGCCUUGGCUUUGACACAUCAUCUGAAAUCGCCCUUCUUGGCAUCUCGUCUGUCGAAGCUGCCAAGGGCACUAACUUUUGGGUUAUCCUGAUCUUCCCGGUCCUAUUCACAGCGGGAAUGUGUCUCCUCGACACCACCGACGGAGCCCUAAUGCUCUCCCUCUACGUCCAACCCUCCGCCAACUUCCUCCCCCCAAAGAGCGACACCUCUUCCGACGCGCCCCUCAUGGGCGAAGACACCGAAGUCGAACCAUCCAAGAACCACCGCGACCCAGUAGCAUUCCUGUACUACUCCAUCGUCCUAACCUGCCUAACAGUGAUGGUCGCCAUCGUCAUCGGCGUGAUCCAACUACUCACUCUGGUCCUGAACGUCGCUAACCCCACCGGCAAAUUCUGGGAUGGAGUCCAAGUAGCAGGAGACUACUAUGACGCCAUUGGCGGCGGUAUCUGUGGACUCUUUAUCAUCAUCGGCGGCCUCAGUGUGGUUGUUUACAAGCCCUGGAGGAGAUGGAUUGCCCGGAGACAUGGAAAGACCUUUGUUACUGAUGUCGAGGGAUAUCGGGAUGAAGAACCGUCUGCUACUAAUGCUCCUGAUACGCCGAUUCUGGAUGAGGGGAGGGAUGGGGCUGCUGCUGUUAAUUAUGGAGCUACGGGGAAGGGGGAUGCGGCUGUUACGGUGGAGCCAGUUGGGGAAUCCGGUCCCAGUUUUCUAAACUGCCCGCCUAUCUUUGUGCUCCCCACCCAUCUCAGUCUGGAAUCGCUUCACAGCAUAGAAGAGGAGCUGGUUAAGCGAGAAGCACUUCUGACCUACGACAUAUCCGAAGCCAGACUGGUACUCGGGAGAAUCGGACAAGGAAAGCGAGCAGCUUUAGAACUGCGAUCUCGUGGAAUAUGGACCGAACCUAUCAGUAAAUCCGAGCCCCCAAAGAAGCGGCGUCGUGUCAAUGCAGCCGAGUCGAAAAUGGCUGCAGACCAGGCCGACAUUAUCGACCUCAGCACCGAGACAGAAGACGAAGAAGAUGGGAUGAAAAGUCGGCAUGACCCCUCGCGGCAUCUCCAUCGGACGCAGACUGACUCCCCCGCCGCGGAGUCAAUCGUUUCAAAUCCGUCUGACGCGUCUUCCGUGUCAUCCUCCGUUGCACAAGCAGACACCAUCAGCGUCGUCAAACUAGACUGGCUAGACCAAUGUCUCAAGGCGCAAGAGCUCCUUUCUACCGAUCCAUAUACGAUAUACAUCGCCCGACGGGCUCCACCGCCCGGAGAGCCCUCAAAGCCAGCCUCCCUAGGGAGCGAUAUCCUCCAACGAGCCAGGCAGGAUGCUGCAUUACGACCGCCACCAAAGCCACCGACCGUAUACCACCAUGCGCGUACUCACGAUUCUACUCACAACCCGCCCAAACUAUACCGAACCACCACCUCGGAGAACGAAGAAACCGAAUCCCUCCCCCCAGCCCCAGACUGGGUGAAGGAGCACGUUCUCUACGCCUGCCUGCGCUCCACCCCCCUCCACCCUCCAAACGAAGGCUUCAUCAACCAGCUUAUCAAAAUCCGACAAAUCCGCGAAUUAACACUCGACGAAAUCGGCGUCCGCGCCUACAGCACCUCCAUCGCAGCGAUAGCAGCCUACCCGCACGGAUUCCGCCGCCCCUCUGAGGUCCUCACCCUCCCAGGCUGCGACACCAAAAUCGCCAACCUCUUCUACGAAUACCAACAAAGCCCAACGGGCACCCUCUCAGCCGCCACCCUCCUAGACACCGACCCAACCCUCCAGAUCCUCAACACCUUCUACAACAUCUGGGGCGUCGGCGCCAAAACCGCGCGCGAAUUCUACUACUACCGCCACUGGACAGACCUAGACGACAUCAUCGAACACGGCUGGAACAACCUGACCCGCGUCCAACAAAUCGGCCUAAAAUACUACGACGAGUUCCUAACCGGCAUCCCUCGCCCCGAAGUCGAACAAAUCGCCACAACAGUAACCCAACACGCCAACCUCGUCCGUCCAACCUCCUUCGACAACGAAGAAAAAGGCAUCCAAUGUAUAAUCGUAGGCGGCUACCGUCGCGGAAAACCCCUCUGCGGCGACGUCGACCUCAUCCUCACCCACCCGGACGAAUCCCUAACCAAAAACCUGGUCGUCGACGUAGUCGCCAGCCUCGAAUCCUCCGGCUGGAUCACCCACACCCUAGCCCUCCACUUAAUGACCUCUAACCGCGACCAACAAACCCUCCCCUACCGAGCAAGUAAUGCCGACGGCACGGGCAAGAACUUCGACACAUUAGAUAAAGCCCUCGUCGUAUGGCAGGACCCCCGCUUCGACGACACUAUGAACCAACCGGAAACAGAAACUCCUCAAGAAGAAGAGCACUACGCAAAGAGUAAACGAAAUCCAAACCCCCACCGCAGAGUAGACAUUAUCAUCUCCCCCUGGCGAACAGUCGGGUGUGCCGUGCUCGGCUGGUCAGGCGAUAAGACCUUCGAAAGGGAUCUACGACGGUAUGUGAAGAAGGCGCAUGGGUGGAAAUUUGAUUCCAGUGGGGUUAGGGAGAGGACUUCGGGCGGACAGGUUAUUGAUCUUGAGGCUGAUGGGGAGACGUGGGAGGAGAGGGAGAGCUUGGUUAUGGAGGGGUUGGGGGUGGGUUGGAGGGUGCCCGAGGAGAGGUGUACACGAUGA